UAUAAGUCAAGUCCUGGGCGCUUUGCGAAGCAUUCAGAGCGGCCUCCCGGGAAGGAGUUUCUGUGAGCUUGUGUAUACCAGGAUGGUGCAGGCCAAGAGCUGGACCCUGAAGAAGCACUUCGAAGGCUUCCCUACUGACAGUAACUUCGAGUUGAAGACGGCUGAGCUCCCACCCUUAAAUAAUGGAGAGGUCCUGCUGGAAGCCCUGUUCCUCUCUGUGGAUCCUUACAUGAGAAUUGCAGCAAAUAAACUGAAGGAGGGCGACAGGAUGAUGGGUGAGCAAGUGGCCAGAGUCGUGGAAAGUAAAAACUCAGCCUUCCCCAAAGGAACGAUUGUAGCGGCUUUAUUAGGUUGGACAUCACAUUCCAUUUCUGACGGGAAGGGACUGACAAAGCUGCCUGCAGAGUGGCCGGACAAGUUACCGCUGUCUUUGGCAUUGGGGACAGUUGGCAUGCCAGGCCUCACUGCCUACUUUGGCCUGCUUGACAUCUGUGGUAUGAAGGGUGGAGAAACAGUGAUGGUCAGCGCAGCAGCGGGAGCAGUGGGCUCUGUUGUGGGGCAGAUAGCUAAGCUCAAGGGCUGCAAAGUUGUUGGUACGGCAGGGUCUGAUGAAAAGGUUGCUUAUCUUAAGAAGCUUGGAUUCGACGUGGCCUUUAACUACAAGACAGUAAAGUCACUGGAAGAAGCUUUGCGGACAGCCUCUCCAGAUGGUUAUGAUUGCUAUUUUGAUAAUGUAGGUGGAGAGUUUUCAAACACUGUUAUACUCCAGAUGAAGACAUUCGGAAGAAUUGCCAUCUGUGGCGCCAUCUCUCAAUACAACCGUACUGGCCCAUGUCCCCAAGGCCCGCCCCCAGAGGUGGUUAUCUAUCAGCAACUCCGAAUGGAGGGGUUCAUCGUGACUCGGUGGCAAGGCGAAGUUCGCCAGAAGGCUCUGACAGAUUUGAUGAAUUGGGUCUCAGAGGGUAAAAUCCAGUAUCAUGAAUACAUCACUGAAGGAUUUGAGAAAAUGCCCGCAGCAUUCAUGGGGAUGUUGAAAGGAGAAAAUCUGGGGAAGACCAUAGUGAAAGCAUGAAAAAAAAAAAAAAAAAAAAGGCCCACGGAUCAUCCCUGGGAGAUUAGCUUCUUAACCAUCCAGUGCAAAUGUACACUGUCCUAUGUAAGAUGUAAUAGCAAUGAGUUUGAUCUAGCUAAUAAAACAUGUGUGGUUUUUUUCCCCA